UCUCAUCUCAUCUCAUCUCACUCAUCUCUUAUCUUGCAUGAGUUCGCCACGAUAAGCCAUGUUCACUCUCCUCCAUUGUCCACACGUAUUGUUCUCUCAGCCCUUCUAGACUCCAGUACCAACAACCUCUAGUAAGUAACUGACUCAAUAUAGUUCAACUACCUCCUCAACUCUUAUUCUCUUAGCCCGGAGAACAAUCGGGGUAGUCCGGAGGUACUCUCGCUCUAGCGGCUCCGUCAUGCAUGCAGCCUACAUGCGCUCUAAUGCACGUCUUUAUCCCUUUUCGGUCACUCCGGUACCCAUCACCAGAAUCUGGGGAACCUUUCUAUCUUGUAUGUCACUUGCGAGUGACUAAGAUUUUUUUGCCUUCGGUGAAAGGCUCCGAGUUUAAACUGUCCGUUAUCGCUCCUUGUCUUUAUCAUCUCAUAUUUCUCUGGCAAAUCAUUGUUGUUGAGAACUCCAAGUCAGAAUGAUCAGUCUUACGGUCGGUGUCUUGGCCCUUCAGGGUGGUUUUGCUGAGCAUAUCGAUCUUGUUCAAAAGGCCGCAGAGUACCUUUCUUCUACAGAAGGUAUUUCCAAGACGAAAUUCCACUGUAUCGAGGUUCGCACGAAAGAAGAACUCGAUCAGUGCAAUGCUCUGAUCAUUCCUGGCGGCGAGAGCACCACUAUCUCUUUCGUCGCCGCUCAAUCUGGUCUCCUUGAGCCAUUGAGAGAUUUCGUCAAAGUCCAGAAGAGGCCAGUCUGGGGAACAUGUGCAGGCCUUAUUCUCCUCUCAGACGAGGCAAAUGCUACCAAGAAAGGUGGUCAAGAACUCAUCGGUGGUCUCGCAGUCCGCGUUCACCGCAACCACUUUGGUCGUCAAAUGGAGAGUUUCGAGUCAGGAAUGAACCUCCCCUUCUUAAACGACGAUAAACCGUUCCCUGGAGUCUUCAUCCGCGCACCCGUCGUGGAAGAAGUCAUCGGUUCGUCUGACGAUGGACGACCACCAGUUGAGGUCCUGGCCAAAUUACCAGGUCGAGUAGAUAAGAUGAAGUCUGGCGUCUCACAAGCCAAUACCAAGGACGAUUCAGGGGACAUCGUCGCUGUUAGACAGGGUAAUGUGCUAGGAACAAGCUUUCAUCCUGAGUUGACGAAGGAUGAGAGGAUACAUGUGUGGUGGUUGAAGGAAAUUCUCAACCAGCAAUAAAUACAGCGACAUAGACGGCGUUUUGGGACAAUAGAAAUAUUAAUUAUUAUUCGGGGGUAUCAACCACUUAUUUACUACGUUUCUUCAUACUUUGCCCAUCGCUGCAUCAUAUCCAGGCGGCGGUGGUGAAUGCGCUCGAGCUGGUCCUCUCUGUGAACAAGAGCCAAAGCCCAAUAUCUGAAGAAUCUCAAGAUCACCCAUCGACUGCGCCAAUUCCUGCGGUGAAAUACACCCUCCAACAUUCAUAUCAGCGCCGUGUGCUUUCAGAACCCUUAACAACUCCGUAUCUCUCCUCGAAAUAGCUUGCAUCAAUGGCGUUCUGCCCUUCUUAUCCGCCGCAUUAGCGUCAGCGCCAGCUUCGAGAAGAAGCUUAGCCUGAUCCCUCUUCCCGUUAUCAAUAGCGUAGAGCAAAAGUGUCUCGCCGCUGCUCAUCUUCUUCUUGGUGUUGGAGCCAGCGGCGAGCAUCAUUUUCACGAGGUCGGUGUUGCCUGUCUCCAUGGCGAAACAGAUCGCUGCGACGCCCCAUGUUCCGUCUGAUACGUUUGGUGAAGCACCGUGGUCGAGAAGCAUCCUGACGGCUCGAAUUUUCUCGUUCUGUGAAAGUUUGCUGUCGCGGAGGGCUAUGACGAGAAUUGGGUGGCCGACGAGAUCCUUUGCGCUAGCAUUGGCGCCAUGUUUGAGAAGAAGUUCUGCCAUGUCAAGUUUUCUCUUUGCAAUAGCGUCCGCGAGAACAGAUAGUCCACUCAAGUUCUUUGAGCUUGCGUUUGUUCCACUUUCAAGAAGCAGCUUCAUCAUAUCCAUACGAUCCUGGCUCGCUGCGAUAGACAAUAGCGAAUUGCCAGACAGAUCGCUAGUGUCUGGAUUCGCGCCAUGUUGAAGCAGCAUCCUAGCAAGCUCCAAGUUACCCUUCUUGACAGCCUGUGCAAGAACCGGUCGUCCAGAGGUGUUCGUGGUGUUUGGCUUCGCACCGUUGUCCAAAAGAAGCUGAAUACCCUCCAAAUUCUCACUGUUGCAUACAUCGACAAAGUAUGAUUGUCCAGACCAGCUGGCAGCGUUAACGUUCCAUGUGCCCUGGUCGAUGAGCAUCUUUGCAACGCCAAUGCUUCCAACUGAUGCGGCCAGGAAGACCGGUGGAAUCUUCAUAUCUCUGCCGUUGGUGUCGGCACCAGAACCGAUAAGAAACCGCACAGCGUCUUCUUGAUUGGCCAGGAUAGCACAGCCCAGAGGCGAAUUGCCUUCUCCGUUUCGUCCGUUGAUGUUCGCUCCUUGUGCGAGUAAGCCGCUCAUUUGUUGAACAUCACCGCGAAGAGCCGCUUGACACAGAGCUGUGGAUAAAGGAUCAGGCUUAGGCCAGAGACCAGCUGUCAUGGCCUUGAACGAGUUUGUCAACGAAGACAGACCUUUAGCAAACCCUGAAGAUCCACUUGGUGAUUCGCAGCUCGGCGAUUGAGCUGAAGAAGGCUGUGCUGGUUCAUAAGGCGGAGGUUCGAUAUCGCCAGGAAGAGGACCUUUACUACUCGAUGCAUAAGAGUCGUUCUGCGAUCCAGUGAAAAGAAUAUCCUUUGUCUGAGAAGCCUUUUGACAAGCUCUGUUAACAUGAUCAAAGAUCUCUCUUCCACUCUUGGUAUCGAGAGCAGAAUCUUGAUCAUCCCGAACUUUGCUAGCACAUCAUGAAUAAACGUUCACACAGCGAGAUGAGCACCACUCACAUCGACAGCACUUUUGCGAAGAACGCAAAAAGCCGGGAAAACGCAACAACAGCAUCACUAUAAACCACCAAAAACACCUCAUCCAACAACGGCAGCGUCUCGGCCUGCAGUCUCAUGACCUGUUUAUUCAACACAGUCGCGACAACAUCGCACGAUCCAAGACUCUGACUUAUCGUCGUCUGCAAUCGACCCGAGAUAGCGCUGGCGCUAUUCAGCGCAGUCUCGAGAACGCCCACAUGCUGAUGGAGCUGAUACAACCUCGUCGCGAAAGAGGACAAUCGCUCGUCGGGUACUUCUAGCGCAGUGUUUAAUUCAUUGAGCUCUUCGGCGCUGGACAACACACGGUGAGAAAUACUCGAGCCGAGCGAGGUAAGUGAAAUAACCGAGAAGCCGUCUCCGUCCAUUGUAUGUGGGGAAAGUUAAGAAGGGUUGAAGUGGGGGAUUGUCAGAUCGACUGAGGGCAGGCUUCAGUCUACUGCUAUAUAACCAUGGAAACUACAUCACUGACUGCCUAUUCCCAGUAGGGCUGAUAGCGG